CCUGGCAACGGCGCUGCCGCCGGCGGGAUGGCGAGGCCCAAGAGCGGCCCGGAAGCGCACGGCCGCCUCGGCGCCUCCCCAAGGCCAGUGGGGGCGGGGGGCGGGGCAGGAGGGUGUGGGCGUGGCCGGGAGAGAGGGGGCGGGGCGGGGCGGACGCCGCUGUGGCAAGACACGCGUCUCCCCCUCUCUCUCCCUCCAGCCUCCCCUCUCGGCCAGGGCAGGUGGUGCGGUCCUGAGCGGGUGCGGGCGGAGCGGGGCUGUACCAUUUCGCGCAGCAAGGGGGGGCGGCUGUCACUGAGUAUUUUCAGUCCUCGCUGGGAAACUGGGCAGGGGGUCCCCUACUUUAUCUCCCUCCCACCCCCAAAAUAGAUCCUUUGGGGCAAACAUAGGGGACCUCCACCCCCUCCAAAGAAACACCCUCCUUUUUAAAAAAAAAAAAAUUUAUUGAGUACAAAUUAGAAAAAAAGAAAAAAGUACAAAUAUACAAAAGGAAGAAAAUACAUGUAACCAAGAGAAAAUUAGAAAACAUUUUACCUCUUCUCAUAUUGACAAUUUUGUAGAGGUGUAAACAAAGAAACACCCUCCUAAUGCCUCCUUCUUGCAUGGAGGGGGCUGUUUGGGCUGCAUCAAGGGAGGGGAAUUCUGCCAAUCAUCGUUUUAGCCACACUUGCCUUUGUUUGUUUGUUUCGUUUGUUUUGUUUUGUUUCAUCCUGCUCUCCAGCCUUAAAGGCUUGCGCACGGUCAACUUCUGCAAUUCUAACCUCAAGGAAAGACACAGCAUAAGAGGGCAAAGGGACAGGGAGGGAAGAGGAAGAUCAAAGCUCCAGCACCAAUCUCUAACUAUAUUGGCCGACUGGCCCAUUUGAGGAGCAGUUGGUGCCCAGCUCCCUCCCACAGAGGCUGUCCUUUGGGAUUCCCAUAGAAAGGAAUGCAAAAUGGAUUCAUCCGUCCCAGACUUUUAAAAACAACCCCUAAAACAGCAAUUUAACAUGAAUUUUACUAUCUAACGAGACCCUUGAGCCAUAAAAUGAAAGCAAUAAACAAUGUACUGCAGUCACCCAAUCAAUCAAUCAGUAGCUGAACUGGGUUCCACACAGCCACAAAAACAAAACAAAAAAGCCACAAAAACCCAAAUUAAAUAGCAGAAACAGACAGACUUCAGCAUAACACUCAAAACAGAAGUGUGGCGCUCAAAACAGAACAUGUUCGGCUUCUGAAAAAAGUUCCUAAACCGGAACACUUACUUCUUGUUCUGCAGUGUUUGGGUUCCAAGUUGUUCAAGUCCCAAGCCGUUUGAGAACCAAGGUACCACUGUGCGAGAGAUUCUGCAAAAUGUAGUGUCAUCAGACAGGAUCUGAUGGUCCAUAUACAGACAUAAAAUAAACCACAAGGAAGUGAAUUUGUGGGAGGUAGCAACUUGAACAAUUUUAUGGCACAGACAUAAUGGUUAAGUACGACAAGGCUACAAAACAUGGGCCCUGUUACACCAAGGGGAAGUAAUUGGAGUAUUCAGACGCCCCUGUAUCGGCCCAAUUCCUGCAGAGGACAGCUGAGGGAAGAGGAUUCCUGAUGCAGCAGAGCCAAUGAUGGAGUGAGCUCUGUCUCCCAGGUCCUUGGAUUGUGCAAAUGUGUCCAAAAGGGGUGAUUGACUUGGCCAUGCCUUUUCUAUCUUCUUCUUCAGUCUUCUCCCUAGGAAGUUCUCUAAGCAGGCUCCAGCAAGGGUCCUGUCAAAAGACUCGCAGUACGCUGCCAGCAGCGGACAAGUUCACUGGCUCAAGAUCUGUAUCCAAAAAGCCGAAAGCCCGACUCAGGCCGACAUUAAUGUAAAUAUCACCUCGUUUGCACAAAUUUGGGGUGCGAUUGGGGGCACAUGCAGUCUGAUCCACACUUCGGAACUCCCUGUCUGUUGAGAUGCAGGAGGUGCCUUUGCGGUAUUAUUUUCGGCACCUGCUAAAAACAUUCUUGCUUAGGCAAGGCUAGCCAGACGCUCAGAAAGUGGUGUGCUUUUUAACCUUUUAAUUUUUUUAAAGUGUUUUAUACUAUUGUUCUAAAUCUUCCUUGAUUUCAUUGGUAUGUCCUUUUGUAAACCCCUUUGAGGUUUGGCACACACACACCCCAAUCAAACAGUGUAUAAAAUUUAUGAAAAUAAAUAAAUUGCCUCCUCAAGAUCCUCAGCACAUAUAUGGGUGUCAAGUGUGCAAAUUCGAGGUUGCUUUAUAAGCCAUUCUGGUUGCAAUUCCAGUGGGAGGAUCAGCAUUCACCAACUUGCCAAAGGAUGGCAUAGGGACCAGGCAAGUAUAGAUAAAGAGGCAGAUCCGAACCCAGACUUUUCUGGCGGUGUUGCCAGAGAGUAAGGCUAGGUUAACACUCACUGUGUUUCCAGUGUUGGUGUUUUAAUCUGUUGUGAACAGCUGGGCGGGGGGAGAUUUGUGAAACCCCCCUACAAACCUCACUGCGCUCAAUCGUGUGAAUACUGUACGGACUUGCUCUCUGUCCCAUCCCAGGGGGUCCCCCAUGAAUAGAAGAAAUCCUUUCUGGAAAGCAGAGUGGAAAACUGAGGGUUAUACUCAGAGUAUUUUGCUACACCUGUCACCUUAGGUACAGGCGGGAUUUUUAAUGGCUAAGAGCCUGUUUCAAGUCUUAGCUCAGCCAGGGAAGGCAAGUUGCCUCCCCAUUUCCAUCUCAGCUCAAGACUCCCAUUUGUGUUCCAUAGAGGGAGUUUGUAUUAUUCCAUGCGUAGUUCAGAGUAGCACAGAUGGGGCUCUCUGACCUGACAUUCAUGACAGCCCUAUAAAGAGCCAGUGUGGUAUCGUGGUUAGAGUGUGGAGCUAGGACUUGGGUUCAAAUCCCCACUCGGGCAUGAUGCUCACUGAGAGCGACCUUCAGGACCAGUCGCUGCCUCUCAGCCUCACCAACCUCACUGGGUUGUUGGGGGGGGCGUUAUAUGAGGAACCAUAUAUGCCACCUUGAGCGUCCUUGGUGAAAGAAAACGACAUAGAAAUGCAAUGAAACAAAUAAGGAUAAAGUAGGAUAAGGUAGUGGUUAGCCUUAUCCACGUGUUUCAUGGCUGAAUUGGGUUUUGAACUCCAUUCACAAGGCUGGAUGUUUCAUGCUGUGCAGAAAUCCCCGCAGAGGUUCCGGGGAUGCCACGGGGGCUCAGAGAAGCCCAUCAGUCAACGGAGGCUGAUCAAUCUGUCCUGCCAUUAAUAAUAAUAAUAAUAAUUUAUUUGUACCCCACACAUCUGGCUGGGUUUCCCCAGCCACUCUGGGCGGCUUCCAACAAAGAUUAAAAAUAGAUUAAAAUGUCACACAUUAAAAACUUCCCUGAACAGGGCUGCCUUCAGAUGUCUUCUAAAUGUCAGGUAGUUGUUUAUCUCUUUGACAUCUGAUGGGAGGGCGUUCCACAGGGCGGGCGCCACCACCGAGAAGGCCCUCUGCCUGGUUCCCUGUAACUUGGCUUCUCGCAGCGAGGGAACUGCCAGAAGGCCCUCGGAGCUGGACCUCAGUGUCUGGGCAGAACGAUGGGGGUGGAGAACGGUCCUUCAGGUAUACUGGACCAAGGCCAUUUAGGGCUUUAAAAGUCAGCACUUUGAAUUGUGCUCGGAAAUGUCCUGGGAGCCAACGUAGGUCUUUCAAGACCGGUGUUACGUGGUCUCGGCAGCCGCUCCCAGUCACCAGUCCAGCUGCCACAUUCUGGAUUAGUUGUAGUUUCCGGGUCACCUUCAAAGGUCUUCUCUUCCUGCCAGGGCUUCUCUGCGCUGCACACGGCAGCUUUGUACGGGCGCCUGGACUGCAUUCAGAUGCUGGUGGAGAAAUUCAAGGUCGACGUGAACCUGGCCAGCCUGACGGGCUGGAGGCCCAUCCACUUGGUGCUCAGCAAGGAGAGCCGGAAUGCGGCGCUGGAGUGCCUGCAGUACCUCAUCAAGAAACAGGCAGACGUCAACGUGUGAGCUGGGCAGCCCUUCCCUCCUCUUCCCAUCGUUCCCCUGUGCACACCCAGCUAUGCGCAGGAGGGGCAAGUAGAGGCAAAGCAGAGCCUCCUUCCUUCGCUUAGUGGGAUUUCCCUGGAGGGGGAGCGGCAGUCAUUCGGUCCCGGGGCAGGCACAGCGAAAAAAGGGCCAAGUCCGGCUUUCUCAACCUCAGCCUUCCAGAUGUUUUUGGCCUACAACUCCCAUGAUCCCUCGCUAGCAGGACCAGUGGUCAGGGAUGAUGGGAAUUGUAGCCUCAAAACAUCUGGAGCGGCGAGGCUGAGGAAGCCUGGGCUAAGUGAUGGACAAGCCCCGAUCUCCGUCGUCCACAGCCAGCCCUACUGAGGAUGGGGAGCAUUUCAGUCUAUGCUUAGAACAGGAUCAGGCCAGUGGCCCAUCCAGUCCAGCAUCCUGUUCUCACAGGGGCUUGAAAGUGGCUGCAUUGCCUGCCAAUUAGUUUCUGUGCCCAAGUCAAAGUGCUGGUUUUGACCUAUAAAUCCUUAAAUGAUUCAGGACGGCAAUACCUCAAGGACUGCCUCUCGCCGUAGGAACCUACCCAGACCCUGAGAUCAUCCUCUGAGGCCCUUCUUUGUGUGCCUCCUCCUUGAGAGGUCCAGAGGGUGGCAACACGAGAACAGGCGAGAACAGGGCCUUUUCCGUGGUGGCUCCCCAUUUGUGGGAUGCUCUUCCCAGGGAGGCUUGCCUGGCACCUUCACUGUACACCUUAGGUGCCGGGUGAAACCAUGCUUCUUCAACCAGGCCUUUGGCUGGUUGACAUCCCAUGCCCUUUUAAAUGUAUUGCGGGAGGGGGAUUAUUGGUUUGAUUUUGUUCUUAUUUUUAUAUAUUGUAGUUUAAUAAUAAUAAUAAUAAUAAUAAUAAUAAUUCAUUUGUACUCCACCCAUCUGAUUGGGUUGCCACUCAUUUAUGCCAUGAAUAGCCUUGAGAUCUACAGGCAUAGGUUAGUAUACAAAUUUAAUAAAUAAUAAUGAUAACAGUUGCCUCUGGGAAACCUGAGAGCAGGAUCUGAGCACAAGAGCAAAUAUCCCCUUUUGUGGUGUCCAGCAACUGGGACCACAGAAGCAUUGCUGCCCUUCAACUGUGGAAGCAGAGCAGUCAACCUUGCCCUCUCCUCCUCCAUGAACUUGUCUAAAGUUUUGAUUUCGUUUCAUUCGCUUCAUAUAACGAUGAGCACUCACAGGUUUAAGGCAUUUAAAACUGGAAGAGCAGAGAGCCCUUGGUUCUCUGGGACAAUGGCCUUUUUGCUCCGGAGUGUGUGCCCUCCAUCACCGUUUUGCGACUACUGCAAUGCACUCUACGUGGGGCUACCUUUGAAGGUGACCCGGAAACUACAACUAAUCCAGAAUGCGGCAGCUAGACUGGUGACUGGGAGCAGCCGCCGAGACCAUAUAACACCAGUCCUGAAAGACCUACAUUGGCUCCCAGGACAUUUCAGAGCACAAUUCAAAGUGUUGGUGCUGACCUUUAAAGCCCUAAACAGCAUCUGUCCAGUAGACCUGAAGGAGCGUCUCCACCCCCAUAGUUCUACCCAGACACUAAGGUCCAGCACGGAGGGCCUUCUGGCGGUUCCCUCACUGCAAGAAGCCAAGUUACUGGGAACCAGGCAGAGGGCCUUCUCAGUAGUGGCACCCGCCCUGUGGAACAUCCUGCCAACAGAUGUCAAAGAGAACAACUACCAGACUUUUAGAAGACAUCUGAAGGCAGCCCUGUUUAGGGAAGCUUUUAAUGUUUGAUGUAUCACAGUAUUUUAACAUUCUUUUGGAAGCCGCCCAGAGUGGCUGGGGAAACCCAGCCAGACGGAUGGGGUAUAAAUAAGAAAUUAUUAUUGUUAUUAUUAUUAUUCAUCUUGGGCAAAUUGAUUCGGAUUUCUGAAAACAUUCUGCAGCUGACUCCGCAAAGAGCAAUGAAACCCCGGGGGGUUCUUGUUUUCCAGGCAGAACCAAAGCGGGGUGUCUCCGCUUCACAAGGCGGCCAGCGAGGGGCGUGAGAACUGCAUCUGGGAACUGAUCAAGGCCGGGGCCGAUGUCCAUAUCCGGGACUAUGAGGGCCAGAAGCCCAUUGACCUGUGCAGGAUGUGGGGCCACAGGUCCUGUGCCAAGUGAGUAUUUUGCAUCAAGACAGGAUGGGCCAGAGGCGGCGAUGGGAGGGGCCAUUGUGGGCAUAUGCCAGGUACCCACCUGUGUGCUGCAAGUCAAGUGCACUCAGUCCUGCCCUUAAUUAUUAUUAUUAUUAUUAAUAAUAAUAAUAAUAAUAAUAAUUUUUAUUUAUACCCCGCCCUCCCCGGCCAGAGCCGGGCUCAGGGCGGCUAACACCAAUAAAAUCACAGUAAAAACAUAACAGGGGGGAAAGAGAAGGAGGGGGGAAACCAAUUUAAAAUACAGGUUAAAAUGCAAUUUAAAAUGCAGCCUCAUUUUAAAGUAGCUAAUAAAUCAAGACCAUAAGGGGAGGGAAACAGAAGGGUCAGACUGAGUCCAAACCAAAGGCCAGGCGGAACAGCUCUGUAUUGCAGGCCCUGCAGAAAGAUGUGAAGUCCCGCAGGGCCCUAGUCUCUUGUGACACUGUUCCACCACGUCAGGGCCAGCGCUGAAAAGGCCCUGGCCCUAGUUGAGAGCAAUCUAACCUCCUUGAGGCUCGGGACCUCCAAAGUGUUGUUAUUUGUGGGCCUUAAGGUCCUCCGUGGGGCAUACCAGGAGAGGCAGUCCCAUAGGUACGUGGGUCCUAGGCUGCAAAAAGCUAUAUUGCCUUGGGUGGAUAGAUAUGUGUUUUUUUUUCUUUUCAAAAUGUUGCUUGUGAGUUGCGAGAAGGAAUCCCAGUUCUGCUUUGGGGAAGGAGCAUAGCUCAGCAGAGCACCUGCUGACGAGUGUGCACCCAGGCAGAGGAAGCUUCAGAGAUGGAGGAAAAGGAGGAGGAAAAGGCAGACCAGGCAAGUGAAGGGCCGAGUGCUUCCUCACCUUCUCCUGCAUCAUGUUUCCCAGAACCAGGAGGGGACUGAAGGGAGAAGAGCAGGGGCAGUUUCCACCCAGGCUCAGUCUCCGGCUACAUGCAUGCAGCCCGUCAGGGGGAGGUAUAUAAACUGGUGGAGGGGAAGUGGUACCGAGAUGCCGCAACUGCUCUACAGAGCGCAGACUCGGGAACAGCUGCCUAGACGCAACGUUGGUGUGCAUACUUCUCCAGAGCUGUAGAAGUGACUGUUACCUUGGACAAUAAAGGUUUGACCCUCUGCCUUGUGCAUUCCUUGGCCAGGGAGCCCCCAGAUUCCAUCCCCAGCACCUGCAGGUAGGGCUGGGAAAACUCCCUGCCUGGAAUCCUGGAGGGCCACUGCUGCCAGUCAAUGAAAUGCUGAAUUAGAUUGGUCAAUGAUCCGAUUCAGAAUAAAGCAUCUGCUACAUCCCUGCGUCUAUAUUUUCCACUUCAGUGUACAUGAGAUUCUUGGCACAAGCAAGAAGCCCCUGGGGAGCUGGAGCUCCUACAUAUGAUCCUCAGAGCAUCAUAGGAGAAUAAGAGUCUGAGUGCAGGAUCAGGCCAGUGGUCCAUCUGGUCCAGGCUCCUGUUCAAGGGGAAGCCCAGAAGCAGGGCCUGAGGCCAACAGACGCUCGCUCUCCCUUCCUGUGCUUUCCAGCAACUGGGGUCCCUCCAAAUGACCUUAUGCAUCCCAAGUCUUUCUACAGGCUCUCAGUGCCUCUAGAACAGCGGUUAGCAAACUUACCGCUCCUCGGACCAGUUCUGCCGCGCCAAUCGCGCGGCGGGCUGGAGAGUGCGUGUCCAUACACGUGCGAACACGCUAUUUAUGGCACACUUCCGGCUUGGAGGAGCACCAGAAAUAGCUUGUGCGUAUGUGCACAGGCCUCCUCUGACCCGGAUGUGCAUCGGAAAUAACGCUCGCGCAUGUGCACAAACUCUUUCCGGUGCUCCUCCGACCCAGAAGUGGGCAGCCGCACAGCACAGCGCUGGUACAAGCAGGCGGCGGCAGCGGGGGUUGCCGCGGGCCGGAUAAAUGAGUCCCUCGGGCCUUAUCUAGCCCGCAGAGCUUAGUUUGGGGACCCCUGCUCUAGAAACACCUGUGCAGGAAAUGGUACGGAUACCAGCAGGGGAGCUUUGCAAUAUGGGACGAUCAUGCAGGUCUUUCUCUGCCAGUCACCUGAGGCAGAUCCUCCUGCACACAUCCAGGGUGGUGCUCUGCCUCCGCAGGUGUCUCGCCAGCGCCAUGUGGAAAGCAGACAAAGCGCACUUUGUCCAGCAGGUCACCAAACUGAACAAGAUCAAGGAGGCGUGCGAGGUGCAGAAAAUCGAAUUCCUUAAAAGAGAGCAGGUAAGCAGCAGCACGGAUGUGCACAGGCAAAGCCGCCUUCAGGGUCGUUUCGGUUACCGGUGCUCCUUACGCCACAUGGCUGGGCUGUUUAAGAGAGGGCAAACCAUUAGGGAGUUACAGCGCUGUCUCUGGCUGUAGAGACCAAUAGGGGAGAGACAUGUUUUGUUGCAGCUGGGGCAAAUGAAGGUUUUGCUGCUGCAGAUGCACCAUGGCGUUUCUCCUCUCCACCGAUAUCAAUAAUAAUAUGCAAAUUGUGUUAACGAAAUACAUUUUAUCAUGAACAUUAGUAGCCACAAUGCAGGCAAUGAUUGUAAACCAAGGUCUCGGCUUGUUGUUGUUGUUUAGUCGUUUAGUCGUGUCCGACUCUUCGUGACCCCCUGGACCAGAGCACGCCAGGCACUCCUGUCUUCCACUGCCUCCCGCAGUUUGGUCAAACUCAUGCUGGUAGCUUUGAGAACACUGUCCCACCAUCUUGUCCUCUGUCGUCUCCUUCUCCUUGCGCCCUCCAUCUUUCCAAACAUCAGGGUCUUGUGCAGGGAGUCUUCUCUUCUCAUGAGGUGGCCAAAGUAUUAGAGCCUCAGCUUCAGGAUCUGUCCUUCCAGUGAGCACUCAGGGCUGAUUUCCCUCAGAAUGGAGAGGUUGGAUCUUCUUGCAGUCCAUGGGACUCUUAAGAGUCUCCUCCAGCACCAUCAUUCAAAAGCAUCCAUUCUUUGGCGAUCAGCCUUCUUUAUGGUCCAGCUCUCACUUCCAUAUAUCACUACUGGGAAAACUAUAGCUUUAACUAUACGGGCCUUUGUUGGCAACGUGGUGUCUCUGCUUUUUAAGAUGCUGUCUAGGUUUGUCAUUGCUUUUCUCCCAAGAAGCAGGCGUCUUUCAAUUUCGUGGCUGCUGUCACCAUCUGCAGUGAUUGUGGAGCCCAAGAAAGGAAAAUCUCUCACUGCCUCCAUUUCUUCCCCUUCUAUUUGCCAGGAGGUGAUGGGCCCAGUCUCGGCUAAUUUGAGUCAAAACCAGGGCUUAGCAGAUUUGAUUGGCCAACCCCCCUGAAGAGGACAGACUGUGGCCCUUCGCCCACUGCCUUGUUUGUCCUUUCAUUACAGAUGGAGAUAAAUCUCAGCAACAAACUGGCCUUUGAUGAGUGGCUGGCCAAAAAGCAUUUGCCUCCGCCUCCGGCCAGAAUCGUGCGCUGCCUGGACACGAAGCGGAAGUCUGUGCUCCCUCUCAGAGGAACCCGGAAGAAGACCAGCCCAAUCCUCUCCUUCGAAGAAAUAGUCCCGCUGAGAGUGGACGACACUUACCAGGUGCGCAAGGACCGGCGGUGCCGGCCGUGGAACGUCAGCACCAACUUAGCCUCCCUGCCGGCCACCUGCAUCAGCCGGCCGGAGACUGUGCGGCUGGGCAUCCAUCCUGACCCGCCCGCGGAGCACGACUUCACCUCCUACCUCUUCCUCUACAAGAACGGCUAUGGCGACCCUGAGAUCCAGGUCGACGGCAUCGGCAAGAUCCUGGACAUGCCCGACCUGCCCUUCGAAGUCCUCAAGAAAAGCCUCUAUCCCGACACCCGGGCGACCCGUUUGGAUGUCCCGGGGGAUCUCAGGCCCCAGCACAUCUUCGGAUUGCAGCACAGGCGCCGCCCCGGCCCUGAGCAUCGCUGGACCGAUCAGAUGGCGCUGAGCUUGAGGCAGACGGUGGACCCGGCCCUUCUGGGCACGCUGAAGGCCCACCUUGCCACCUACAGCGACCCCCAAGUGCUCUUUCCAAGGCUGGAGUCGGCCAGCACCAGCAGCAAAGACAUCUCCUCUUCCUCCUCUACCCAGAGCAAAGGCAGCAGCCACCAAGAUUCACCUGUGGGGUAGUUCGCUCACCCAGCACAAAAAUAUGUGCCUGCCCCAGUUCUGUAGCAGAGCCCAGCAGGGCUGGAAAUAAUCAUUUGAGUCUGGAUUGAAACAGUUUGCUAUGAGAACAUUUGCACCAGGGGAG